AUGGCUAUAAUCUUCAUUUAUCACAGUUCUUUCACCUUAUUCCCUACUUCCAUAGAAUAUGUCAACAUCUACCAUUCUCUUUUAUUCCUUUUCUCUUUAAUUAUUGUCACUUCAUUUAUUUCCAUCCUCUCCUUUUCUUUCUACUCUCUCUCUCUUCCUCUCUUUCCCUCUCUGCAUUUCUUUUAUCUUCUUCAGUAUCGUUCUAUUUUAAUUAUGUAUAGCAUUUUGAAUAAUAUCAUUUUUCCAAUUCCAAUCUGUCACACUCUCUGCCUAAAUAAUUAUCUAUCUAUCUAUCUAUCUAUCUAUCUAUGGGUGUACAUUCUUUUUCUUUCUCUUUAUUUUUACGACUGUUCAUUAUCUAUCUAUCUAUCUAUCUAUCUAUCUAUUUAUCUAUCUAUCUACGAGUUUCAUUCUUCCAUUAUCUAUCUAUCUAUCUAUCUAUCUAUCUAUCUAUCUGUUCUUCUCACACUUUAUUAA